AUGCAAGUGAAUACAGCAAAGCUCCCGUACACACAGUCGAACCUCUGGAUGCAUGCUUCGGUGGAGCGGAAGCUGCUCGCUGACUGGCUGCUGGAGCCUGGCGUGGGUCCAUUGGAAUGGCAGCUGCCGGAACCGGUCGCGCCGACGGUCGCCGGCGUCGAUGUCUCGCCCUCGUUAAUCCUGCUCGUCCCCUACUCAAGCCCCAUCACAGAGCAAGAGGAAAUACAUGUCGAGGUGGGCCAACCACGAGGAGCAGAGCAGAGCAGAGCCGCACCCGCCCCCACACCUGCGGCCGCGGUCGCCCAGGGGAAAGGGAAGGUGCUUACGCAACAAGCGCCUGCGCCGGUGGUUUGCAAGCGCAAGUCCAGGAGACGCCGGCAGAAGCAGAAAAGCCCGCCCCCAGCGGCCACCAGAGAGGAGCUGGAAUCCCGGGAGUCCCCGGAAAGCCCCUUGAAGGUGCUUGCGCUCCCGGCGCCAGGGGCCCCGCUUGCUCACGCUUUCUCCAAUGACAAGAUGAUGGACGGGAACGAGAUGAAGCCGGUCCAGGGGGUGCCGCCCAUGUGGGGGAGCAUUGCGGCUUCAAGCUUGGUUGGUAAGUACUCCAUCCUGGUUUUCUGUCAGUAUCACGGCUGAUUUUUUGUCAACAUUAGUAUUAUGAUAUUGGACUGAAGCUCGUUAGUUCUGU